AGCUCCGCCAUGCAGACAUUGAACGCGGCAUUGAAGGUGGCCGACGCCGCGGCAGGGCAGAGCGGCUUCAUCGCUGGCUUCGCGUAUUAUGAGCUCUCGAGGCAAUCUGCAGAAAAUGCCCAGCGGGUCCCAUGGUAUCCCAUCUUGUUGUUGGGUGCUUUUACCUGCAGCGUAGUCUGCUCCGGUAUCACAGCCUGUUUGCAUUUGCAGACCGAUGAGUGUGAAUGUGAAGCCUUGGAAAGCUUUCAACGACGCAGGUCUUUUUUCGUAGUGAAGAUGGCAUACUGGUGCAAUCGGCUGGCUUUCUACCUCUACUGUGUCUCUAUGCCCUUGAUGGGCCCGGUCUACAAUCCUUCCCCCCCUCCAGCCAUCCCGGGUUUAAAGCACGUGGCGCUCGGAUACCACAUGCUGAUCGUUGGGGGCAUGGCAGCAAUUCUGGACAUAUUCUUUGCAGUCAGAGAGUGCGUCAUGAAACCAACAGUUCCGGCGGAUGAUGAUGAAGAGCUGAGCGAGCUUGAUGUGGAGGAGGUAAAUCAGAGCAUGGAUUCGAUGGGAAAUCGGGCCGUACUGAUGGUUGGUUUCAUCCAGCAUGCUAGCGCUCGCUUCAUCGGGUUGCAGCACGCUCCCGAUGGACACGAAUACGAGCUUUACCUGAACCAUGUGUUUCCCCUGAUGGUUUCUUUGGGCUGCGUGUGCUUGCAAGCAGUGGUCUAUAUCACCUUUAUGAGCACCACUCAACUCCGAACAGGCCCUGUGUCCAGAUCGACCACGCGCUGCCUUUUCGCGUUGUUCCGAAUCAGUGAUUUCCUCUUCAAACUCGGUGUCUUCGUGGUCUUGUCUGGCGCCAGCCUAACGGGCUGGGGCUGCUCCUGCCCCUGCGGCGCUGGUGCUGACUAUGGCACCGCCGUUGGACCCUGCGCUGCGUCGCUGGUGCCGGAUGGAGCCUGCUACACGCGGGUGGCAUAUGUGCCCAUGACUUGUUGCUUCGCCAGUAUCCUUGUCAUUGCCUUCUUCCUUUGCUGGAGCCGUUGUGCCGCCAGCCAUUCCAACGGCGAGGACGACGAAGACCGAGGCGAUCUGGCGGUGGCCUUGGAUUCCUUGGGAACGGUGGGGACCCUGGCGGCGGGCUUCGUGAUGUAUAACAUCACCACCUUCAACACGGA